AACGUUUUAAGUUUUUAUAAAUAAAUUGCCUCUCUUUUAAUAAGUUAUAAUAAUUAAUAUUUUCUUUUACAUUAAAAAAAAAGUCUGUUAAUAUGAAAUAUUGUCGUCUACAUGAAUGUAUUUCCUAUUAUUUUUUAGUCAUAUUUUUGUUUAGUAUAAGUUCUGCAACAGUUGUAAAGUUUCCUGAUAAAUUUUUAUUUGGUGCUUCAUCAAGCGCUUAUCAAAUAGAAGGUGGUUGGGAUGAAGAUGGAAAAAGUAAAAGUAUUUGGGAUGGAAUAUAUCAUAGCAGCAAUAACGAGACAGUUCAAAAAUAUUAUUCAAUACCAUUUAGUAAACAUGCGUUCAAAUUUCUUAAGAACUAUAAAGUUAAAUUUAUAGGCAUGCAAAAAAAUAAUUUAUUUUUCAAAAAUUUAUCACCUCUACCGAUUCCUAUGUUUCAUAGUCCUAAUGAAGAUGAUAACGUAUUAUUAAAUGGAGACGUUGCAUGUGACUCAUAUCAUAAAUAUAAAGAAGACAUAAAAAUACUCAAAGAACUAGGAGUAAAAGUAUAUCGUUUUUCAUUGAGUUGGCCAAGAAUUUUACCACUAGGGCAUGAUCAUGAACAAAACCAAGCGGGUAUUGAUUAUUACCAUAAAGUGAUAGAUUUGCUACUUCAAAACAAUAUCGAGCCUUUGAUUACUAUAUAUCACUGGGACUUACCAGAAUCACUUCAAGUUCUUGGCGGUUGGGCAAAUGAUAAUAUUAUAAGAUAUUAUGUGAACUAUGCAAAUUUCGUAUUUAAGACUUAUGGAAAUAAGGUUAAAUAUUGGACAACGAUCAAUGAACCUAGGAUGAUAUCUGAGGGUUAUGGAGGAAGAUAUCCACAUGCUCCUCAAUUAGGUGAAAAAUACAGUGGUAUAGGAGACUACAUGGUUAUUCAUAAUCUGAUACUAGCUCAUGCUAAGGUGUAUAGAUUGUAUGAAAAAUAUUAUAAAUCAGAACAAGAUGGUAAAAUUUGCAUUUGCUUAGACACAUUAUGGGGAUUUCCAAAUAAUACAAAUAGCGAAGAAGAUAAAAAAUCAGCUAAACUAUUAUUAGAUUCUUAUGUUGGACUGUUUGUUGAACCUUUGGCAACUGGCGAGAUUCCAAAAACGUAUAUAGAAUCAAUUAAAGAUACGAAUAAAAAGAAAGGAAUCAAUGUUUGGCGAAUUAUUCAGUAUACUGAAGAAGAAAAAGAACAAAUAAUUGGAAGUUAUGAUUUCAUAUCAAUAAAUUAUUAUCAUUCAUUACAUGUUACCGCGAUGACGGACAAGGAUAUAUUUGAUCCGAAUAAUGAUUUAAAAACAAUUGAUCAAAGGUCAAUUACACCUAGUUGGGACGAAAAAGAAGCUUUAGAAGAUACUGUAAUGGGAUAUAGAAAUGUAUUAUAUUAUUUAAAUGAUACUUUAGGAAAAAUUUCUCACAUAAGAGAACCCAAAUUUUUCAUUUCUGAAAAUGGAUUGGCUGAUGAUAGUGAAAACAAUAAAAAUAAAAUUGAAUAUCAUCAGGCGAUUCUUACCGAAACAAAAAAAUUAAUUGAUGAAGGUAUUAAUAUUCUUGGGUAUAGCGUUUGGUCACUAAUGGAUUCUUUUGAGUGGGUCAGUCCAAGUACAAGUAAGUUUGGAAUGUACAAAGUUGAUUUCAAAGAUCCUCGUCGACCUCGCACAAAAAAACCAUGUGUAAAGUAUUUCCAAUACGUUUUCCAAAAUAAGGCUUUACCAGAUAAUUAUCUGAUUGCUUAAAUACUUAGAUUGUGUUUGUUCAUUUUUUUAAUGUAAUUUAAAAUUAUUUUUGUUUCAAUUUGGAUAAUAAAUAUUGUAAAUCUAAUAAUUAUAGUAAUUCGUAUAAAAAAAAUAUUAGUAGUACUACUUUGUAUACAUAUUUUAGUUAAUAUAUUAUAUUUUUUUUCUUAAUA